ACUGAACCCUUUUGUUUUGCGUUGUUUAUUAAUUUUGUACGAACUGUUCGGAAAGGUCAAAGGUACAGGAAAUCGUUGAGAACAUUAUCCUUGCGAUCUCAGCACAAUGACGGAGCCAGACUUCACCAACCCGGAUUUGACGGCCGAGCUGGCUGAAACUAUCAAACAAGAACCGCCGGAACUCGAACCUGAGGGAGCAGAAAUCCCAUCAUGUUCGACUGAGAAGAAGAAAUCGCAACCGGAACGACAGGAGCCGGAGCAGGUGGAGGGCGAAUGGCCACCGAUUCCUAACUGGCAAAACCCCAAACGUGAGCGCUUUGAGUCCAUCAGAAAUGGUCCGUAUACCGACGAGGCACUGAACGCUCGCGUGUUGGAUCCACGCUGCGAUCCGGACUGGCCACUGGCCCAUCUCUAUCCGAUUUACUUGAGCAACUUUCGCUGCUCCAAUCUGAACAUGUGCCAGAAGGCUGUCCGGCAGUACUUUGCUGCGCGGGGUUUGCUGGUGCGUUGGUGCUUUAGCCGGGCCGACGAUUACUUUCGGCAGUUCCAGCGGAACGCCAACCUGUACGAUGGACUGAUUUACUUUGGUUCUGAAUGUGAAGCGAUUCGUGCGAUGAACGCCUGCAACAAUCAGCGCUACAACCAUUACACGAUGAAUGCGUUUCCUGGGCGGGAGCCGGUUUACUUCCGGGCGGAUCGUAGCAUCCAGUACCGGAACAUGCGCUUCGGUUACGUCUACAGCGAGGAAUUUCUGUGGCGCCAUCUGGUUCGUUACGGAGCCGGACCCAACACCGUGGUCAAGUUCGACAUCAGCAAUGGCGCGGCCGAAUUCCACAACGUCGCUCAAAUGCAAAAGGCACUCGCGGAAGAGCGUCAGUUUGUUCCGUCGCCGGUGGCCCACGACCAGGCUCUGCGAAAGCAACGCUACAUCGAAAGCGACGUGAAGGACCAAAUUCUGGAUAGCGUUCGACAGAAUCCAACGUCCGUUGAGCUGGACCUGAACGAUCCCUUCCUCGAAGCGAUACAGGCCAACAAACGGCCGAAUGCGAUCGAGUGCUGGGGUCCGCCGGAACAGGGCACCGGAAAGGGCGUGAUUGGGAUUCCGUUGACAAAGAAGCAGAUGGCGAGUAAGCUGGCAAACAUGCGCGGUGUCGCCGAACGGGCUUUGGCCCAAGGACGGACCCCUAACUACUUUGGGAGAACAAAGGAAGAUCAGAAGAUGCUGCGGCGGAUCUACCACGAAGUUCGGUGCGAGCAGCAGCAGAUGAAAAGGAGCGCGGGUGGAAACCGUCAUGUUGAGGAAUCCAACGAUUUUUGACUCAAUUUGAUUUGUUUGAAUCUUUAUAUGUAUCUGGACUUUUUAGUGCAACAUUUGAAUUUCAUGAGUUGCAAUUGACUUGAAACUUAUUUUUGUUAUUUUAUUCCAUCGAAUAUGCAUUGUUAUCGAUUGUUACUUG